AGUCGCAAGACGGUUGCAGAAUGUAAACCUGGUACCAACAUGCAUUCGCUUGUAACCAUUCAACCAACCAGAUGCUGUCGGUGAUCUGUCACAUCGAGAAAGGGGGGUGGGAAACAUUUAUUGGAGGACCAUGGCAGGGGCCACUUUUAGCUGGACUUCCAGGUUUAUCAUCUUAACCACCCCUCCCCCAGCGACAGCCUGAACUGAAUCCGUCUUUUCCAAGAUGCAACUCAACUCAACCAAAUCUCCUCAGAUGCUCCUGCGACUGCCCCACACCCGAGUCGCAUUUGCGACUGGGGCCGUAUUCUUCAUCCUCUGUGUGAUCCUGUUCCAAACACAACUGCCUCAUGUCCGUACAGGAAUGGGAGCCUCACCCUCAGACUUCUUAAACGAUAUCAAGAAUUCGACAUUCGGUUUUGAAAAAAUAUUUGUCGUCGGCCUGCCAUCACGUUCCGACCGCCGUGACGGAAUGCUCUUGCAAGCGGCGCUCAGCAACAUCGAGAUAGAAUUCAUCGAUGGUGUUUUGGGCCGGGAUGUGCCUAACAAGGCAAUCCCCACAAGCCCGGAUCAUGAACGACUGAAAGAUCCCACAAUAGGAUCUUGGCGAGCACAUAUGAAUGCGAUCCAAGAGGUUGUACGAAGAAACUUGACCUCGGCCUUAAUCCUAGAGGACGACGUCGACUGGGACGUGAGGAUUAGGAAACAGCUUCGCGAUUUUGCCCUGUCGACGCGGGUUCUCACGCAACCCUUGGUUGGAUCUUCCGGCUUGUACGCCGACUCCACAUACCCGAACCCGUCGAAGGACUCGCCAGGGACUAUCGCGGAUAUCUCCUUCGGCCGCCUGCCCCAAACCGAACAACCGAAAAUCUCCCCAUAUGGAGACGGCUGGGACGUCCUCUGGGUUGGUCACUGCGGUAUGCACUUCCCGUCCGCAGGGAACAAGGCAAUACCCAAGGGGCGCGUGGUCCACAUGAACGACGAAACCGUUGCCCAGAAGCGGCAUUUGUGGACCUUCAACAUCCCUUUUACCCUGAAGGAGAAGUACCCCCAACACACACGAGUGGUUCAUCAUACCCAGGAGGGGGUCUGCUCUCUUGGCUACGCAGUGAGCCAAAAAGGCGCGCGGCGGCUCUUGAACGAGGUCGGCCUCAAGGAUGUCAGCGAUGCCUUCGACAUACUCUUGAGAUUCUUUUGCGAGGGCACUAAGGGACGGAAGUAUCACAACUGCCUGACGGUGCAGCCGGGUCUUUUUCAUCAUCACCGGCCCGCCGGACCCCUCAGUGCUUCGACUGAUAUCGGAAACUAUGGGGAUGGCUUCCGGGCUGUCAGCAAAACUGACAUGGUGAGGUGGAGCGUCAGGUUAAAUGCCGACGUACUACUAGACGGAGGAUCAGAAUUUGUCGACCAGUAUCCCGACGCCGAUUAGGGAUCGAGUCGCAUCUGGGAAAGCGUUUUCUUUCUUGCUUGGUUAGCUUACGAUCGAUUCCUUCUAUAUCGAUAGAACAACACUCCGGUAG